ACUAACCAGCCCCUUUAUGGUGGAACAAUGAUAUUGCAUCCCUUAGGCAAGCUAAGCAACAUGCGUGGCAUAAUUUCAAACCGGUCGUCCACAAAUCUCAUUCAAAUCAAAAAACUGAACGCGCAAUUUCGUCGGAAAAUCAAAGACGCUAAGCUCGUAUGUUUUCAAAAAUUCACCAGCAACAUUACUGCGUCAUCCGACCCUAAGAAAAUCUGGGCCGACAUAAAAAAGCUCACUGGUUUACCUUCCAAUUCCCACAUCAAAUUCCUUAACUCCACUCACGGCAAUCUUGUAUAUCCCCGGGAAAUUGCUCAAGAACUCGCCAGCCACUUUUCUAACGCCUCCUCUGACCAACACGACAACAUGGAGGACAAAAUAUUCAGGCUGUAUCCAAAGCUCACUCUAAGCUCCAAUCCUCUUAUUCGUAAUGACUUUCAAGCUGCAGCCGCACGUAUCCACACCUGCGCCUUAUUUGCGAAAUAUGUCGAUCUGCCGUUCAAACAACACCCUCCGCGGUACACUCAUCGCCAGGGAACGGAUUUUAUGGAAAUAGCCUUUUUUUCUGCUAAAGAGAUA